CGCCCGCCCAUCCCGAAAACGGAGGAGCCCGCCGGCCCCACCAUGUCGUCGGACCCCAGCGCCCCGCCGGCGGUGCCACCCCUGCACUCCCCCAAGUCGCCGGUGUGGCCCACCUUCCCCUUCCAGCGGGAGGGCAGCCGCAUCUGGGAGCGGGGCAACCUCCUGCUGCGGGACCUGCCCAGCCCCCUCCCCACCAAGAGGACCAGGACCUACUCGGCGACGGCGCGUGCCUCCGCCGGCCCCAUCUUCAAGGGCGUCUGCAAGCAGUUCUCUCGCUCCCAGGGCCAUGGGUUCAUCACCCCUGAGAAUGGCACAGAGGACAUUUUCGUCCACGUGUCUGACAUCGAGGGGGAGUACGUCCCAGUGGAGGGGGACGAGGUGACAUACAAGGUCUGCCCCAUUCCUCCCAAGAACCAGAAGUUCCAGGCGGUGGAGGUGGUCCUCACCAACCUGGCACCCCACACGAAGCAUGAGACGUGGUCUGGCCAGAUCAUCGGCUCCUAG